AUGGCAACGGGUUGUUAUCAUGCUGGCUUUGUUUUGGGUGUGGAAAGGCAGAAAGCAGCAGGUUUGAGUGUCGCCAUGCCAACUGGCAUUUUCAGUACCUGGGACUACAAAGUCUACAAGGCAGAACAAGUUCUCCAUAACAAGAUGAAAAAGAACCACUGCUAUCCUUUUACUCUUGAGAAGCCAAACGUGUUUGUGAUGGACUACCUCCAUGAUGACCUGUGGAAGGGUCUAUUACUUCUGCUUGCCUCAGUCAUCGGCAGUGGCGUUUACCUCAGUGGACAUGAGGAUUCCCACGAGUUUGCAGCUUUCUUUGUUUUAGGCUUGUGUCUGGGUGUCUGGUUCACAGCCUCAGCCUCCUUCCAAAGGAGACUGAUAAUCGACCACCAUGCCGGAGUCUACCGCUUCUACAUGCACCAACAACUACGCCAGCAGGGGGCGCUGAACCAGAUCUACAUCCGCACGAAGGCCAAGAGAAGUGGUCAAGGUCAUCUGUUUUACACACUUAUCAUUAAUGGAUACAAGAUUGAAGAACAGCAGGUCUGUGGCUUCUCAGAGAACUAUGAGGUGUUGGAGACUCUGGGAAAGAGGAUGGCAACCAGGCUCAAUAUCAAUUACUUUGACCAUAUAGACAUAUCAACAAGACACCUCGUGACCCACUGGCCAAAGCACCAGGACACAGCAGAAGAGCUCAAGUUUACUGUGUGA